AUGUCCACGCGGCGCAAGCAGGACGCGCUGCCGACGCCCCUCGGGCGCGGCCCCCCCGUCUUCCAGGGCGCUGGACGCGGCCAGGCCGUCAAGGGCGCGCAGGGCGACCAUCAAGACGCAUCCGGGUUCGGCGAGGUUGAAGGCUGCAUUGCGGAGCCAGCUGGCGCGGCGCAUCGUCGAGUCGGAGAAGAGGCAGACGGAGGCCCCGCCAAGACGGAGGCGCUGGCUGCGGAGCGGGCGACCUUGACGGACCAGCUUGGGGACGACGCCCCGGACCUGGACCGGCUGCCCACGCAGGCUUCGCUGACCCCGAAGGGGGGGCGCCCGCUGGGCCAGGCUCAUUCCGAGCUCGACUACGACGCGCCCCAGCAGGUGCCUUUCGGCAAGCAGGUGGAGGAGCACUACAUCGGGGACGGCGGCACCAGCGACGACGGCGCCAGUCAGGACCCCUACGAGGACCAGAAGGUCAACGGUUUCUUGCUACGACAAGUCUACCGGGUGAUCACCAGGGGCCAUCUCUGCAAGGCGUACGAAACCAGGACCUUGAAGAAGGGCAAGCACGGGCUCGCCACGGUGCACACCCUGGACAUGCACCCGUCGUCGCACCACGUGGACUGCCCCUCUUUCCAGUUCUCGGAGUACAAGUUCCUGAGCGCGGAUGGAGCGCUUGGCCACGUGAAGUUGUUCCAUGACAACGGCGACGUGAAGGAAGGCCUCUUUCUUCCGUCCGUGGCCCUGUCGGGCUGCGCGGCCAAAGAGGGCGAGGAACUCUCGGAUGAGUUCCUGAAGUGGCAGGACGAAGGCGUGGACCAGAACAUCGCGGUGCCGUCGGCCUGCGGCAUGCAAAAGACCGUCGGCGCGAAGCUUGCCGCGACCGUGGAGCGCGACGACCUGCUCGACCAGCUCUUCACGGAGGCGAAGCAGAGCACCGACGAAUGUGGGCUGAGCAGCAAGGACUACGCGCAGGUCCUGAAGACCAUCGAGGAGAAUGACUGCCCCCGCGAGGGCCUUGCGCAGGUCGAGGGCUUCGACGCGCGGCUCAAGGCGCCGAAGUAUGACAAGGCCCAGGGUGCAGCCCUCGAGUACAUGGACUCGACCGAGGAGGCCGGGCGCCCUCCCAGGGGGCCGGCGGGUGCCAACGUUGACCCUGUCUUGUGGCAGCUGCUCAUGCUGAACUUCUACGUUGCGAACGUCUCUCCGAACGUUCCGGUGAACGGGAAGACGCUGGUGGGCACGAGUGGCGGACAGGAGCAGACGCCGAUCACAAAGGAUGGCAUGGACGCCAAGGGAAUGCAAGAGGGUGAGGUGCCCCCCCCGCUCUCGGCAGGGGCCGGCCCUGGCGGCUGCCGCUGCCUGCCUGGCCCGGUCCAGCAGCAGGCCGCCCGCUGCUGCUGGCCUGCGCCAUUGCCUGGCAGGCCCCUGGCGCCCCCCCAGCUGCCACCGGCAGCCCGAAGGCUGGCUGGAGGGCCUGGCCUGCAGCCCGCGGCGGCCACGCCUGGCGCCAGGGGCCGACGAGGCAGUGGCGGGGCCGGCAGCCGCGGGCGGCGGCUGCUGCUGGCCCAGGCCAGGCAGGCGUGGACGAUGAGCUGCGAGUUUUGGGUCAAUGCCGCCUGCGCGCUCCUGGUGGGUCAGGACAGGCCGCCGCGGCGGCACCGCCGCCCGCUGGCCCAGGGUGUCCAGGAGGGGGCUGGAGUCUUCGUUGCUGUCCUCGACUUCGUCCUCGACUUCUGA